AUGGGCAAUGGCUACGGGUGGAACGCGGCCAUCUUGUCGGCCCCGUUAGACGAGAUCGUCGAUCGCUACCGCGUCGACCCGGAUAGGAUUCAUGUCACAGGCUUCAGCAUGGGUGGAUAUGGCACGUGGGAUCUGGCUAUGCAUUCGCCGCGUCAGUUCGCGACGCUAGUUCCAAUUUGCGGUGGAGGGGAUCACUUGCGGAUAUCGAUUCAAAUGGUCAACGCGUUGGAUAACGUAAAUGUCAAGGAAGUCAACUUCAGAAGAUACCCAGAUCUCAUGCACGAUAGCUGGACUCCAAUGUACAGCAAUCCCGAUUUGUAUCGAUGGAUGCUGGCUCACAAGAGGGCAAUCAUGGGAGACGAGGGAGGCGUCCCGACCGAGAAUAAAGUCACUUUAUGCCAAAAAUGA